GAGCUCCGGAGUUUCCGCUCUGGAAAUGCUUCUCUCCAACUUGACGUUUCAGUAAGCUGCAGAAUAGCGCUCUUCAAGAACCACUGUCUGAUUCUUGAGAGAAAGAUGCGCGUUGUAUGAGAGAUGGGGAGAGGGGGGAAAAGAGAAAAGAAAAGGAAAUGGAAAAUGAAUUCCAAAAGUCGAAAAAGGUACAGCAGGUGGCAGCUUUUGUCGAAGCUUCGCUUAAUGUCGUUUAAGACGGAGGGCAGGAGCCGUUGGUGCUGCAGGAGUCGCAAUGAGGAAAGAGGGACGGCGGAGUCAUGCGAAUUGGUCAGAAGCGGCGCAAAUGGUGAUUCUGAUCCCGGUUUGGAUAUGCGCAGUUGCAAAUGCUUCUUUUUCUUGCUCUUGUUGCUGUUUUUAUUGCUUUUUUACUUCUUGAUUUCUUCAGAAUAGAGCCGAGGCAGAUAGCACACAGGUGGUAGGUAGCUGUGUGUCGCGCGCUAAUCUUUUC